GCAAAAUGUUAUGUCUUUAUUUUUAACACCUAUGGUUACUAGUUAUUGCUUUAUAAUGCUUCCGAAUCAGAGCAGAGGCACUGACUGCCUGCAAGGAAAAAGCCCAGGGAGCGUUACGUUUUUUCUACCUUUGUCACACGCCCUGGUGUGACUCACGCCUGGGCGUGAUAGUGGGAUUUGUGCACUUCUUUCAAUGGUGGAUUUUCUCAGUGAGCUUGGAGCGUUACUGUCACCAUGAAAAGACAUUACAGAAAAUACUGAUGAUUUGAUGGAUAAGAAUUUAAAAGAUAUGAGCUCCACCAUGGAUCUUGUAGAAGGGAAAAAUGAUGGGAUCCUUCCCUCUAAAAACACUACACCAGGGGAACUUUGUGGGCCCACUGAAGCUCAGAGCCAGGAGCAGCAGCAGACUACAUCAACUGCACCAAGCUCUGUUUCGAUCAAGACCAAUCAUUCAAAGGAGUCACCUCUUGCUUUUAAUAGACAACAAUCUUCUGGAAAGGAGACUGGGGAGGUGAGGCCUGGUUGUCCUGUAUCCAGCUGUGAUUCGGUCAUGAGUGACCACUCCAAGGAGCCACCUCUUGCUUUUAACAGAAAGCAGACUUCUGGCACAGAACUGUAUCAGGACAUCUCAGAGGUUCAUAGUGCUUCAUGUGUGGAGGACCAUCAAACAGACAUAGACUCAAUAUUUAAGUUGCUUGAGGAGAGUAUUUUCACUUUUGUGAAAGACGAGUUGAAGCGAAUGCAAAGGCUUUUAAAAUCAAAGUGUUCAGAUGGAGAAAUGGACACCGAUAUGAAUGAGGGCAUGAGGAGCAGCAGAGAGGCAUUUCAAAACAUCGCACUGCACUUCCUGAGAAGAAUAAACCACGAGAACCUGGCUGAUUCUCUGCAGAGCAAAUCCCCUGCAGUAUGUCAGCGUAAACUUAAAUUUAGUUUAAAAAGGAAAUUCCAGUGCUUGUUUGAGGGGACAGCUAAAACGCAAAACCCAACUUUUUUGAAUGACAUCUACACAGAGCUCUACAUAACAGAAGAAGGGACUGGAGAGCUCAGCAAUGAACACGAGGUCAGACAGAUUGAAACUGCUGUGAGGAAACCGGCCAGACCAGAAAGAACGAUCACAUGUGAGGACAUCUUUAAACCCUCAUCAGGUAAAGAUCAGGCAUGUAGAACAGUGCUGACAAAGGGAGUGGCUGGCAUUGGGAAAACAGUCUUGACACAGAAGUUCACUCUGGACUGGGCUGAGGACAAAGCUAACCAGGACAUCCAGUUCACAUUUCCAUUCACCUUCAGAGAGCUGAACCUGCUGAAGGGUACAAAUUUCAGUUUGGUGAAACUUUUUCAUCAUUUCUUUACUGAAGCCAAAGAAGUGGGACUCUGCAGCUUUGAGGAAUUACAGGUUGUGUUGAUCUUUGAUGGCCUGGAUGAGUGUCGACUUCCUCUGGACUUCCAAAACAAUAAGAUCCUGACUGAUGCUCGACAGCCCACUUCAGUGGAUGUUCUGCUGACAAACCUCAUCUGUGGGAACCUGCUUCCUUCUGCUCGGCUAUGGAUAACCACACGACCUGCAGCAGCCAAUCAGAUUCCACCUGGAUAUGUUGACAUGGUGACAGAGGUCAGAGGGUUCACUGACCUACAAAAGGAGGAGUACUUCAGAAAGAGAUUUGGAGAAGAGGAGCAAGCCAGCAGGAUCAUCUCUCACAUAAAGACUUCGCGAAGCCUGUACAUCAUGUGCCACAUCCCUGUAUUCUGCUGGAUCACUGCUACAGUUUUGGAGGAUGUGCUGAAAACCAGAGCAGGAGGAGAGCUGCCUAAGACCUUGACUGAGAUGUACAUCUACUUCCUGGUGGUUCAAGCAAAACUGUGGAGCAUCAAGUAUUGCAUUGGAGCUGAGGUGGAUCCACACUGGAAUCCAGGGAGCAGGGAAAUGGUUUUGUCAUUGGGAAAACUAGCAUAUGAGCAGCUGCAGAAAGGUCACCUGAUCUUCUAUGAAUCAGACCUGACAGAAUCUGGCAUUGAUCUCAGAGUGGCCUCGGUGUACUCAGGAUUGUUCACACAGAUCUUUAAAGAGGAGAGGGGGCUGCACCAGGAGAAAGUGUUUUGCUUUGUCCAUCUGAGCGUUCAGGAGUUUCUAGCUGCUCUUUAUGUCUUUCUGACUUUGACAAACUUUGGCGUGAAUCUGUUUCAGUCUGAAACUUGGUGGUCAAAUUUAUUCAGGGACAAAUCUAAGCUAUCACACCUUUUCCAAAGUGCUGUGGACAUGGCUGUACAGAGUCCCAAUGGACACCUGGACUUGUUUCUCCGCUUCCUUCUGGGUCUUUCCCUGCCAACAAAUCUCACACUUCUUGGUGGGUUGGUGACACAGAAAGGAAAUAUCUCUCUUGGGAAGCAGGAAACAAUUGAGUAUAUAAAGAGUGUGAUCAGGAGGAGUUUGUCACCAGAGAGAAGCAUUAACCUGUUCCACUGUCUGAAUGAGCUGAAUGACCAUUCUCUGGUUGAGGAGAUCCAACAGUAUCUGAAUUCAGGAACCCUUUCCCCAGAUGAACUGUCUCCUGCUCAGUGGUCAGCUCUGGUCUUCAUCUUACUGUCAUCAGAAGAAGACCUGGACAUGUUCGACCUGAAGAAAUACUCUGCUUCUGAUGAAGGUCUUCUGAGGCUGCUGCCUGUGGUCAAAGCCUCCAACAAAUCUCUGUUGAGUGGCUGUAAUCUGACAGAGAGAUGCUGUGAAGGUUUGGCCUCAGUUUUUAGCGCUCAGUCUUCCACUCUAAGAGAUGUUGAUUUGACAAACAACAACCUGCAGGACUCAGGACUGAAGUUGGUGUCUUCUGGACUGAAAAAUCCACAGUGUAGCCUAGAAAAGCUAAGGUUGAACCAAAACAAUCUCACGGAGAAAUGCUGUCAAGAGCUGUCAUUAGUUCUACAGACUUCUCGUUUGAGAGAAUUGGACUUGAGUUACAACAAUCUGCAGAGCUCUGGACUGAAACAACUCUCUGCUGGGCUAAAAGGUCCAAACUGUAGACUGGAAACACUCAGGCUGAUUGGUUGUAAUCUGUCAGAGAAAAGUCAUGAUACGCUGUUUUUCAUUCUCACCUCCUCUAAUCUGAGAGAGCUGGACCUGAGCAACAACAGCCUGAAGGAUUCAGGAGUGAUGCUCUUCUCUGAACAGGGAAAUCAGCACUGCAGACUGGAAACUCUCCGAUUGAGUCGAACUGGUCUCACAGAGCAAUGCUGUCAAGGGUUAUCAUCAGCUUUAUGCACAAAGGUGUCUAGUCUGAGAGUGCUGGACUUGAGUGACAAUGACCUGCAGAGCUCAGGAGUAAAACUGCUCUGUGAGGGACUUGGAAGUCCACACUGUCAACUCCAAACUCUAAGGUUAACUCAAACCAACCUCACAGAGAAAUGCUGCAAUGACAUCUCAACAAUUCUUAGCUCCCAGUAUUCAAGUCUGAGAGAUCUGGACCUCAGUAACAAUGAUCUGCAGGAUUCCGGAGUGACAUUUUUGUCUGCAGGACUGCAUAGUCCGUACUGCAUCCUGAAAACUCUCAGCCUGAGUGGCUGCAGGUUAUCAGAAAGAACUUGUGACGUUCUGAUGUCAAAGUCUACCAGUCUAAGAGAGCUGGACUUAAGUAAGAACCACCUGUGGGAUUCGGGCAUCAAGCUUUUGUCUACUGGGCUGACAAGUCCACACUGUAGACUGGAAACUCUGAGGUUGAAUCACACAAAUCUCACAGAGAAAUGUGGUCAAUAUAUCUCACUGGUCCUCAGCUCUGACUCUUGCAGUCUGAGACACCUGGAUUUGAGUAACAAUGACCUACGAGAUUCAGGAGUAAAACUGCUUUCUGCUGGACUGAGGAGCCCACACUGUAGACUACAAACGUUUGGAUUGUCAGGCUGUUUGAUCACGGCAGAUGGCUGUACGUCUUUGGCGUCAGCUCUGAGGUCCAACCCCUCCUAUCUGAAAGAACUUGACCUCAGUUAUAACCAUCCAGAUGAGUUGGGAGUAAAGCUACGAUCUGUGGGACUGAAGGAUCCAAACUGGAGACUGGACUCCCUCAGCGAGGACCACAGUGGUCUUCAGAGGCUGAAAUCUGGUCUGAGGAAGUAUGCAUGUGAACUAACACUGGACCCAAACACAGCCCACAAAAAUGUUGUCCUGUUUGAGAAUAACAGAAAAGUAAGACUGUCACCAGAGAAGCAGCCAUAUCCUGAACACCCGGACAGAUUCGACUGGUGCUACCAGCUGCUCUGUACAACGGGUCUGACAGGCCGCUGUUACUGGGAGGUGGAGUGGAAAGGAGGUGUUGAUAUUGGAGCAACUUACAAAAGCGUCAGAAGGAGGGGAGCUCUAGAUGGCAGCAGGCUUGGAUGGAAUGAGAAAUCAUGGAAUUUAGAGUUCAAUGAUAAAAACAUCUACGCCUGGCACAAUAAUAUAAAAACAGUUCUCCUUGCUCCUCUGUCCUCUGCCUCUGAAAGAGUGGGAGUAUAUUUAGACUGGACUGAAGGCACUCUGGCUUUCUACGCAGUCUUGCCUGAUUCACAGAUUCACCUGUACACCUUUUUCUGUGGUGCCUUCACUGAACCACUUUACCCUGGGUUUGGGUUCUUAUCAAUAGACUCUUCUGUGUCACUGUUAGAAAUAUAAUCUAUCCAAAAAAGGCUAAUUUUUCCUGGUGAAAUAGCCAUAGGUCUCAGUAAUGCAGCAA